AUGGCUUCUCUAUUCAAGGAUUUAGCCAAGAUUUCAGCAUAUAGGGAUAGAAGGUUUCCAGGAACACAAGAAGAAUUUGAAGAUGCUUUGUUAAAGUCGAUAACUGUUUAUAUGGGGAAUAUGUCAUUCUACACAACAGAGGAGCAAGUAUAUGAGCUGUUCUCUCGUGCUGGAGAGAUUAAAAGGAUAGUGAUGGGGUUAGAUAAGAAUUCCAAAACUCCUUGUGGAUUCUACUUUAUGAUAUACUACUCUAGAGAUGACACUGAAGACUCUAUCAAAUAUAUCAGUGGGACAAUUCUUGAUGAUUGCCCUAUUCAUGUGGAUUUUGAUUGGGGAUUUCAAGAAGGUAGGCAAUGGGGCCGUGGUAGGAGUGGUGAACAGGUACGGGACGAAUAUCGUAUCGACUAUGAUCCAGGUCGUGGUAGUUAUGGAAAAUUGGUCCAAAAGAAAUUGAAAGCACAAAGGCAACUAGUGGAUUAUACUACAGGAUCAUUGGGCGCGUACCCACCAGUUUUGCCGCCACCUUAUUAUGGUAGACAUGGUGGAAAUCAUGGUCAUGGAGGAUCUUAUCGACAUGGCAGAGAUUAUCAUCGCAAGCGUCACAGGGAAGAUGACCACCAUCGAUCAGAUUAUUCAAAGAGGAGUUAUGAUCGUGAAUCUCGGAGAACCUCUUAUCAUAAAUCCAGACCGGAGAAGAAUCCACGUUUUCAUGAGAGUGGUGAUUCUGAUAAAGAGGAUGAUGAAGAUAGGAAGCAACUUCAUUUCUCAGUGUACCUAGUUAUAGCUAGAGUAUCAUUUUUGACAACCCCGAUAAAGCGACUUAUGGUCUAUGCACAUCAUGUUGAGGAGGACAAGAAGAAAGCUAUGGAGGAGCAUCAGUGCAAGAAAGCAAGGUUGGUAUGUAAUGAGUCUAAUCACCAGAAGAGUGGUAAUGGCAACAGGUCGUUCUUUCAGAAAAGGUCAUCUGGUUAUGCACCAUCAUCAACAAGUCCAAUGACACCAAGUAAUAUGAAUUAUUAG